UGGCAGUAAAUUUUGCUGUCAAAUGUUAAAAGUAAUCAAUGAGUGAAACCAAAAGUAGAGAGUCAGUAAAGAUCAAAAACAAAGAAGUGAAUAAAGAGAUGUGGCAUUAUGGAUUUAAACUGGGUUACAUUAGUCUUGUUUUUGUACAACAUAAUUUGCUAAUUUCUUUUUUGUUAAAGUUUGCAUUUUUUAUAAAAGUCAUUAUGAAUAAAAUCUUAAAUCACACACAGGUAAACAAUGGUAUCAUAUUAUUACAAUUCAUAUUUGUCCUGUGUGUUGUUUUAGAUGUUUGCUGCUUUCUUUGUAAAACCUGGUAAUAACCCUGAUCGAUAUUCUGAAAUUAUUUUAACAUCCAAGCGUAACCUCACUUUGAAAUAUGAAUAUCAGAGGUUUUAGUUCUUGAACAACUUAAUAACAAAAUAUCCAAACUAUAACUUUUGUUUUUUGUACAUAUCAUUUAAUAAGUAAAUUCUUAAUAAAGAGGCAAAUACAAUCUCUAGUUAAGAAGGUAAUUAUAAUGUCUUUGUGGAUUUAUGGUUAAUUUACUGCCUCAAUGUCAAUCCUAAAGACAGAAGUGGAAGUAACAGAGGAGCUGAUUUGGUUAUUCCACGCCGUUUUAACAUUCAAAUUCUGAAUUUCACAUUAACACAUUUUGUCUGCCACAUAUGAUAUUUGUGUAACCAUGUUUUAUUUAUUUAUCCUUUUCAUAGCACAUAAACAUCCCAUUGAAUGACUGAACUUAUUUUUAGACAUGACAUAAAUGCAAAUGACUUCCUGUAACAAAAGCAGAAGUUGAACACUUAAGAGCUGUGAGAAAGAGCUGCAGAAAGAAUGAAGCACUUCUGCUAAAUGACAUCCCGCUGCAGUGGAGAGUCUGUGUAUAGAUCAUAAAAACUGAUAUUUCUAAGAAGUUUGUAGUGAUGGCGGGAGAAGAGGACGUUAUCUACACGUCUGUUGUAUUCAAAGCUAAAAAUAAAUUACAGCCAAGGGUCAAAAAGGAGGAGGAGGAAACUGUGUAUGACGAAGUGAAAGUCCACAGUGAAGCAAAUGAAAACACCAGCAUAAAAUCUAUAAAGGAGGAGGAGAUUGUGUAUGAUGAACUGAAGACAGACAGUGAAAAAAGUGACAACACUCUUGACAUAAAUGUUCUGUUGCCUGAUAAGAACGAAGAAGACCGACGUCGAUGGUACCAGCAGGUGGCCUGGUGCUUUGGGACUCUGUUUGUCUCUGUGGUGUUGGGAGUCAUAGCAGUCUGCAUCUAUUUCUUAGUACGUCCGAAGUCUGUCGACAUUGAGUGGGACCAGCUAAAAAGCAACCAAACGACUCUUCUGAAUGAAAAUUACAACCUGACGAACCUCAACAACAAACUCACGUCAGACUUUGACAAUUUGAGGAAGGAUCACGACAAUCUGACCAUUCAGUUUGAGAGUCUCGUAAAAGACUUUACUGUCACAGAAAGUAUGGUCGCGAAUCUCACAGAAAUAAACCAGAAGCUGGAGUCAGAAAGGAGAAACCUUACAGAGCAAAUACAAAACCUAGAGAUAAGGCAGAACGUCAGCCAUGCUCAGUGGGCCAUUGAUGCAUACUGCCCCAAAGAAAAUAACGGACGAACAUGCAAAUCUUGUCAGGAAGGAUGGCUUCCGUCUCAGUCCAGCUGCUAUGCAAUAAACAACGCAGAGAGUCUUCAAAGGAAAACCUGGGAAGAUGCCAGAAAAGACUGCAGGGCAAAAGUUUCUGAUUUGGUUGUUGUUUCUGAUGAAAUUGAAAAGGGCUUUGUCGCUGAGAAAAGUUGGGGCAGUUCAGGGACUCGAGGAUACUGGAUUGGCCUGAAAGCAGAGGACAACAAAUGGAAGUGGAUUGAUGGAAGUGAACUGACCAACCACAGCUGGAUUCCACAACCUGAAAAUGACAAUCAAUGUGUUAUUUCUCUUGAAAAACAAGGAUGGAAAUCAGUGCAGUGCAAUGAAAACCAACAGUGGAUCUGUGAAAAGGAGGCGUUGUCUGUUUAAAUCUUGAAAUCAAAUUUUAAAAAGGAUUAAAAAGGACCUUCUCACUCCACAUUCAUCCACCAGAUCUCUGCGAUCACAAUACAGCAACUUCCUCCACCUUCCUCGCUCCAGAUUAAGGACCAUGGGAGAUCGGGCAUUCGCUGUGGCUGCCCCCCGUCUCUGGAACUCUCUCCCAGUUUAUUUGAGAGCUCUGCAACCACUGGUUCACUUCAAAAGAGGCUUAAAGAUUUUUUUUUUA